AUGACAUCCACAUCACCAUCUGCAUUGCGUUUAUUAUUCUAUCUUAUAUGUAGCUAUUCAGCAUCGAUUUUAUCGAUCCUAAUUGGUCUUACAAGCCAGUUUAUAUAUUGGUUUCUAUUCGACUCGUUCGGUCGGCAUGAAAAACGAACAAGAAGAAAACUUAAUUGGACCAGUCCUGAACGAGAUGACGAAUAUAACGUCAUCAUCGUUGGUACAGGCUUUUCAGGCAUUGGCACUGCCAUUCGACUAAAUCAACUUGGUAUGAGCAACUACAUUCUCUUUGACCGAAACGCACACGCCGGUGGUACGUGGUAUGCCAACCAAUAUCCUGGAUGUGCAUGCGAUGUUCCAUCCAAUCUCUACUCAUUCUCAUUCGAACCUAAUCCAAACUGGUCAUACUUUUUCAGUCGCCAACCAGAGAUUUGGAACUAUCUCGAACAUUGUGCAGACAAGUAUCAUGUCCGAUCACAUAUUCGCUUCAACACAACGGUCACUCAGCUCAAGUGGAUCGAAGAUCAACAGCUCUGGCAAGUGACAACUGAGUCGAACAAUGAAGAAAAAGUGUACUACGGUCGAUCAGUAGUACUUGGUACGGGUCCGCUGUCGAAUGCAGCCUAUCCGACCGAUAUCGAUGGAAUCGAAAAGUUCGAAGGUGAAAUGUGUCACACAGCAAAGUGGAACAAGAACAUUGACUUUCGAAACAAGCGCGUGGCAGUGGUGGGUACCGGUGCAAGUGCCAUUCAAGUAGUGCCAGAAGUUCAGAAGAUGGGCGUGAAACAACUACUUGUCUUUCAACGUACGCCACCGUGGGUCAUACCGCGAAUAGAUCGACGUGUUACGAAUUUUGAGAAAUGGCUUUUUACUUGUUUUCCUAUGCUUCAACGAUUGAUUCGACGAUGCAUUUAUUGGUCACGUGAAUCAUACAUACUUUCGUUCGUAUAUCGUUGGCCAUUACGAUACAUGAGCGAGGAAUUGGUUCUGCACAAUCUUAACAGAGAAGUUAAAGAUCCUCUAUUGAGAAAAAAGGUCACACCAACAUGGGAACUUGGAUGUAAGCGUACACUAGUGACAAGUGAUUGGUACACGGCGCUACAAAAACCAAAUGUGGAGUUAAUUACAAAUCGCAUUCGAGAAGUGAAAGCACAUUCGAUAGUGACAUACGAUGGUGAUGAAUAUCCUGUUGACAUUAUCAUCUGGUCAACAGGAUUUGAAACGCAAAAGUUCGGAAUUCCUGUCUAUGGCAAAAAUGGAUGUUCCUUAGUAGAACAAUGGUCUAAGACCAUGGCGGCUUAUCGUGGUGUUACGAUUCCUAAUUAUCCGAACUUAUUUCUUCUUUUAGGUCCAAAUUCUCGUCUAGGUCAUUCUUCAGUAAUAGUUAUGCUUGAAGCUCAAUUGAAAUAUCUAGUGGAAAUAUUUGUUUAUAUGAACGAAAAUAGCGUUCGAUCUGUUGCAAUCAAACAGAAUGCACAUGAUAAAUAUAACCAGUGGCUGCAAUCGAAAUUAAAGAAGACAGUGUGGAAUUUAGGCGGCUGUCAUUCGUGGUAUCAAAAUUUUCAAGGAGAUGUUACAACAAUAUGGCCUGAUUUUACUUGGAUUUACCGUUCCUUGCUCAAACGGUUUGAUUCAGAGAACUAUAUUAUUGAAAAAUAA